UGGACAAACGAAACUCCGCAAACGUAAACUUUUAGCUUGCUCGCUCUCUCUCUCUCUCUCUCUCUCUCUCCUUCUUCUCUAACUCUCAUCACUUUCUCCGAUUUCCCCAAAACGCGGUCGUUUCAAUCGGUUCCGUUCCGUUCCGAUUCCUCGGCAUUCUUGCACGUGGUUGGUUGGUAGGUGGCUAUGAAUAGCGUUUUCAGCGAGCAGAUACUCGCGGACAAGCUGUCCAAGCUUAACAGCACCCAGCAAUGCAUUGAAACUUUAUCACAUUGGUGUAUAUUUCACCGGAGCAAAGCAGAACUGGUUGUUGGAACAUGGAAUAAACAAUUUCACAAUUCAGAGAUGGUUCAGCGAGUCCCCCUUCUAUAUCUUGCAAAUGACAUCCUGCAGAACAGUAAACGUAAAGGAAAUGAAUUUGUGACUGAGUUUUGGAAGGUUCUUCCCACUGCACUUAAGGAUGUUCUUGAUAAAGGUGAUGAUCAAGGAAAGCGUGUGGUAUCUAGACUGGUUGAUAUAUGGGAGCAAAGGAGAGUGUUUGGAUCUCGGGCACAGAACCUUAAAGAUGUAAUACUUGGAGAAGAAGCACCUCCACCAUUAGAAUUCAGCAGAAAGCGAUCUCGUUCUGUAAGAAUUCUGAAAAAGGAUUCUCGCUCCAUUAAAACGAAAUUGUCCAUUGGUGGUACAGUAGAAAAAAUAGUCUCAGCCUUUCAUAUGGUGCUUAAUGAACAUUCCAAUGAAGAUGCAGAGAUGAGUAAAUGCAAGUCUUCUGUUCAUCGUGUGAGGAAGUUGGAAAAAGCUGUUGAUAUUGCAUGCACCACUGCAAAGGACCCUAAGCGAAAAACUUUGGCUAAUGAACUCACGGAGGAAGAAAAUCUUUUGAAACAAUGCGUUGAAAAUCUUAAAUUAGUUGAAGCAAGUAGAGCAGCACUAGUAUCUCGGUUAAAAGAAGCUUUGCAUGAGCAGGAAUCUGAACUGGAGAAUGUUCGUACUCAGAUUCAGGUAGCACAAGCACAAGUAGAAGAGGCUUGCUACAUGCGGAAGAGACUUGAUAAUGAAGAUUUUUCACAUAAAGCAUCAACUGCAACAACUUCAGUUGCUGAUGCAAAUACAAAUUCAGAAGCUGCAACAAAGAAGUCAGCUGCAGCAAUUGCAGCUGAGGUUGCAGAUAAGCUAGCAGCUUCAUCGUCGUCUCAAUUAAUCAUGGCUUCUGUUCUCUCUACAUUUGCAGCAGAAGAGGCAAAAAAUGCUGGUCUAAAUUCUGAGUCCAUGUCAAAACCCGAGAAGUCAAUGCCCAUGUCAGAUCCAAAUGCUUUUAUCUCCACACAACAGUUGAUUUCUACUCCAAAUCAUUCAUAUCCUUCUGUUUUGAUACCCCAACCCAUCAUGCAGAAUCCAGCCGCUGCAUCACAAGGUCAAUAUCACAUGCUUUGUAAUUCAUCCUCCCAGCAAUAUUUACAGUCAACAGGAGGGGUCGUCUCUCCAUAUGGUUAUGGUAGCAUCCCACAAUUACCACCAGGACCGCCCCCACCCCAUAUGGCGGGCCCAAUGGUACCACUGACACAUCAGACACUGCAAAUAACUCAGCAGCAGCCAGCACCUAUAACUCAGCAUCUACCAAUAAACAUGACACAGCAAGCCCCAGCACCUCCCAGUUUCAGACCACUUCAACCACCAGGGAUGGUGUACUUUGGUAAUCAUCAGCAUUCUAUAUGAGACCUGCAGUAGUUAGACCGUAAUGAACAUGACCUGUUUGAAACAAGCAAGAUCUGGAGAUUUGGAAUUUUAUUUUAAUGCGAAUGGUAUGCUGGCUGGGAUUGAGCUGGUGAAUACGUUGAAGCAAGAUUACAGACUGGCUCCGUGCUCCUGGGAUGUGAAAGGAAAGUAGAUCAGCGUAAGAUUCCAAACGCUUUAAACAAAUUCGUUCGAGUCUAAUAUGCAGUGAAUUUCCAUGAGCAAGGUAUUGAUUUCAUCGGAGAUAGAAAGAUUUUGACAGAAAUUUUUUUAUGGUAAUAUACUUGUAUAUAAUUGGCUAAUCAAAUAAUUCUUCAAUCAUAUUCAUCUGGACAAAGACGGAUCAGGAAACCAACAAUUGGUCAGUCUUUGACGUAAUUGUUAUAACCCCUCCUGCUUACACGAAGGAAACUUAGCCAGAGAGUAACAUUUACGUUCCCCGAGUAUUAGAUUUGUGUUUUAAGUUGUGCUUGUAUUAGUGCAACAAGUUUCUCAGUUUUAUGUCCCCCCGGAGUAUAGAACCUUAGGCUGGACCUCCCUUAGUGGUGGGGCUUGGGAGGGCUGUUGUCCCCCUUCAAGUUUAUAUAUUGCUUUAAUUCUGAGUUGUCAUUUAUGCGUUUUUUUUUGUUAUAUAGAUAAUGAUCGCUUUCCUUCAACUUCAUACAAAAGUCUUUAAUUGUGACCAUGAUUCCCGUUCUUCUGAUUAUAUAGAAAAUUAUAACUUACAAGGAAUAUUAUAUUUGUAAUUUUGCUCCCUUCACAAAAUUUUCAAAAUUUUCUGACUCUGUGUCAUUGUCCUC